UUAUUUUUAUUCAGAAUGCAUCCAAUAGAAACAAAUAAUGAAAGGUCUUCAUUGUCAAAAAAGACAUUAUUAUUGGGGGCAUGUAUCUUGGCAACACUGCUAUUGAUGUUUUUCGGAGUUUUUUAUACAAACUCUGAAGCAGUUACUGCAUAUAUUAACGGAUACAAAACAAAUGGAAUGGUAAAGAAUAUUUUUUUAACAAACUAUAGUUCAAACUAUUUGACUCGUGAAGUUACUCCCAUUUCGAGUGCAGAAAAAACCAUUUCCUCGAAAAGUAUAGAUUUGGGGGUGACAACAAAUUCGACUGUUUUGUCAUGUCCUAAAACUCCACUUGGCUUGGUAGGACGAAUGAAGUAUGAUAAUGCAUGGGAUAUAAAUCCACCAAAUUCGGACGGAAUAUAUAAGAAUAAUUUACGACUCGAAGCAGGAGGACGAUACACUCCACCAGACUGUCGUGCACAAUAUAAGGUGGCAAUUAUAAUACCUUUGCGGGGAAGGGAAACGCAACUCAGAACUUUGCUGAAUCAUAUGCAUCCUAUAUGGCAACGCCAACAAUUGGACUACACAGUUUACACAAUAUGGCAAAGUGGAGAAAACUUAUUCAAUCGUGCUAAACUCAUAAAUAUUGGAUUUUCAGAAGCGAGUAAAGAAAGAAAGUAUGACUGCUAUGUUUUUCACGACGUUGAUUUACUCCUAAUGGACGAUCGAUGUCUUUAUUGGUGUCCAGAAGAAGAUAAUCCUCGAUCGAUUUCUGUUUAUAUCGAUAAAUUCAAAUUCAGGCCUAUUUCAUAUGCUUCCGUAUGUGCUCCUGAAGUAUUCAAGAAAAAGGGAGAGCGUAUACAUUUAUUUGGAGGAGUAUCCAUGUUAACACCUAAACAACUCAAUGACAUAAAUGGGUGCUCGAAUGCAUAUUGGGGAUGGGGCGGAGAAGAUGACGAUCUGUAUAUACGUUUGUGGAGUAAAGGGUAUAAGAUACAAAGCGAAUCGUAUAACAAGUCAUGUGUUUUCCACAUGAUUAAACACACAAGAGAAAAAUCCAACGCAAGUCAUUUAGGAAGAUUUUCCCUGAUCAACAAAUCUCUGUUACGAAUGGGUGAAGAUGGCUUGAAUAGUUUAAAGUACGGAGUUUUGUCAAUAAAGCGAGAACCACUAUAUACAAACAUAACUGUAGACAUAGGUGCACCAUCAAAGGUUUUACAACAAUUCAUGUCGCAGAAUAUAUCAAACCUUUGGUCUGAGAAGUGCAAUCGUACUAUUCCGUAUAUUCUUGAGGACUGAGUUUGAAUAUUUUAUAGAGAUAUAUGAAAAUGUUUGUCAAUUUUUUGAACAUAAAUAUAGGAAGAAAGAUUAUUUUUCCUCUGUUAUACCGUUUCCCAACUGGUGAAGAAUUCAUCCCCGGAGAGAAAUUUUGCAAUUUUGAGGGAGGAACUUUUUAUUUCGUAUUCGCUGUAGUUGUAUCACUAAUAUUUUUCAGUUUUUUAAUAUUAUUAUAAUACUUAUUCACGAAAACAUACCAAACUACUUAAACUGUACAAGAAGAGGAAUGCGACUUGCGCGUGAUAAUAAUAGCAAAUGAUUUAUUACAUAUUGAA